UCCUCGUCCACACGAAUAGUUGGGCUUUCAAAAGCAGGUUGGUGUCUUACAUGUUUUAAAGGCGGUGUGGAGUGGGCAGAGGAACACAACUCGUAAGGAGCUCGUCUUCCGUCAGCCUUGGUAGUCGCUCCGCUUCCAGAGACUUUCUGAGAGCCUCUCACUGAACUUCAAGAUGCGCUUUGCCGUGGUUGCUUGCGUACUGGCGCUCUCCACGGUCACCUUUGCCCUUGACAACGGGCUGAUGAGGACCCCUCCCAUGGGCUGGUUGGCAUGGGAACGAUUCCGCUGCGACAUUGACUGUGAACAUGACCCCAAGAACUGCAUCAGUGAGAAUCUGUUCAUCGACAUGGCAGACCGACUGGCAGAGGACGGCUGGAGAGAGCUCGGCUACGUCUACGUCAACAUAGACGACUGCUGGGCCUCCAUGGAGAGAGACACGCAGGGGCGGCUGCAGUCAGAUCCUAAGAGGUUCCCAGGAGGCAUCCGCAAGCUGGCGCGCUACAUGCACGACCGCGGUCUCAAGCUGGGGAUCUAUGGAGACAUGGGCACACACACCUGCGGGGGCUACCCUGGCACGCCGCUGGACAAGAUCGAGAUAGACGCCCAGACGUUUGCCGACUGGGAGGUGGACAUGUUCAAGUUUGACGGCUGUUAUUCUAACGCCACGGAGCAGGAGCAGGGCUACCCUCUCAUGUCAAAAGCUCUAAAUGCAACCGGCCGUCCCAUUGGCUAUUCCUGCAGUUGGCCCGCCUACCAAGGUGGACUCCCGCCCAAGGUAAACUACACCCAGCUGGGUGAGAUCUGCAACCUGUGGCGAAACUACGGCGACAUCCAGGACUCCUGGGACAGCGUUCUGUACAUUGCUGAUUGGUUCUUUGCAAACCAGGAUGUCCUGAUACCGGCCGCCGCACCCGGACAAUGGAAUGAUCCAGACAUGCUCAUUAUUGGGAACUUUGGCCUGAGCAUGGACCAGUCCCGUGCUCAGAUGGCACUGUGGGCGAUUAUGGCCGCGCCUCUCUUCAUGUCCAACGACCUGCGCACCAUCAGCAGCGGUGCCCGCGUCAUCCUGCAGAACAAGAUGGCCAUCAGCAUCAACCAGGACCCCUUAGGCAUUCAGGGACGACGCAUUGUCAAGGAGAAGAGUGGGAUCGAGGUGUACUGGCGCCCGCUGUCAAACAAUGCCAGCGCCUUGGUUUUCUUCAGUCGUAGAAACGACAUGCCCUACCGCUACCAGACCUCCCUCAGCAAACUCAACUACACCACCGGCAGCUACAAGAUCUAUGAUGUCUUCAAUGACAAGGGAUCGACACUGAAAGACUCCACCGACUUCGUGGUGUCGGUCAACCCCACCGGCGUGGUCAUGUGGCACGUCUCUGCACCCGCCAAACUGGGCCAGCGCCAGUUCUAUGGUGGCGGCAAGCUGCAGGGACCCACAUACCAUCACCACGACAACGCCAUCCCACCCAGCUUCCUCUGAGCCGCGCACAGACUGAACUUUAGGUCGCCUGUUUCCGCCUUGAUGCAGUGUUUCCUCAUGAAGCGAUAUCUGAAACGACCCCGUGGGACUCGUGAAAACCUCAAAUAAGGGGAACACUGCACCGACUUCUGAGAAAACUGAGAACCAGGAUAUGAAAUGUUUGUGAAUAGCACUGAGCAAUCAUAAGUGCUUGCACCAUUAAUCCCAAGUAAUGAAGUCACCUUAUGCUCAGGGGCAGCCAUUUUGUGUCUGGCUGUAUGUCACUAAUCAGAAAUUGUUGCCAGUUUCAUUGAUCCUCUUCUUUGAUUCUGCUCUUGCGCGGCGAUAAAACUCAUCCAAACAAAGCACACGUCAUACCCGGGUGAGCAAGGCUUGCCCAAAUGCAUUUCCAUACUUCCUAAAGCUAAGAGAUAAUGGUGGAUUCUACCAUUUCAGUCAUAAUAUCCAAAACUGAAUACAUGACCACAGAUCACUGCUACUCUCCGACAUUUCCUAAACAAGAGCUAUGUAACUGAAUCGUACCUCCUCAGGUGGACUGGGAGGUGCAAUCGGACUCUAAUGCAGGCCACUGCCGUGCAAACUGCUAAAUGAUGUUUACAUUUCAGGUUAGAUUUGAUUUAUUUGAAGGAAUAAUUGUUUUAUUCUGCGAUGAUACCAGUGGGUGUUUUUUUCCUUCUUUUAGGGACAAUCGUACUGCUUUUGUUCAAAAACGCAAUGAUUUGAUUAAGGUUUUUAUAUGCAAUUAUUCUGUGAAUUUUAUUUUUUGUCCUAACUGAAUUAAAAAAGCGAGUUUGACAUUUCAA